GCCUAUUACAACAGAUUCAGUGAUCUGCGCAAAGAGUUCCAGCGCUAUAAGUCGGGCGAUCUAUCGCGUGCCCUCGUUCCACUGAAGGACAUCAAGAAGAUGCUGCAGUCACCUGUGCUGCCCAUGCCGCAGUCCAUUGGCGAAAUGCUUAAAGAGCUGAAUGCAACACCUGUGGAAGAUAAUGAUUUCUAUAUUCGCGAAUCUCGCGAUAUGGUCACUGUGAUUCAAUCAUUGCUUCAGGCGGGUCAUAAGUUUGAUACUAAUGAAGUCGUAAAUCUUGUGCUGGAGCCUGGAAUUUGCUCAAUUGACGACGAGGUGGACGGCAAUUGCAUCGUGCGUGCUCGUGGUUUGCCCUGGCAGAGCAGCGAUCAGGACAUAGCCAAGUUCUUUCGCGGACUCAACGUAGCCAAAGGCGGCGUUGCUUUGUGCCUUUCGCCGCUGGGCCGGCGCAACGGAGAGGCUUUGAUUCGCUUCGUUUCUCAGGAGCAUCGCGACAUGGCUCUGAAGCGGCAUAAGCAUCACAUCGGCUCGCGCUAUAUUGAGGUGUAUCGCGCAUCGGGCGAGGACUUUCUGGCCAUAGCCGGCGGCGCCUCGAACGAGGCGCAGGCGUUCCUCUCCAAGGGCGCACAGGUGAUAAUACGCAUGCGCGGACUGCCCUACGACUGCACGCCAAAGCAAGUGCUGGAGUUCUUUACCACCGGCGAGUCGCCCUGUCACGUGCUGGACGGCAGCGAGGGCGUGCUCUUUGUGAAGAAGCCCGAUGGACGCGCCACGGGCGAUGCCUUUGUGCUAUUUGCCAACGAGAGCGAUUCGCCGAAGGCGCUGGGACGCCAUCGCGAGUCGAUCGGGCAGCGGUACAUCGAGCUAUUCCGUUCGACGACGGCGGAGGUGCAGCAGGUGCUGAAUCGAUCGAUGGACCCGAAGACCUACGAGUCGAACAACCACGGCCAGCCGCCGCUGAUAGCACAGUUGCCCACCAUGCAGUUGCCGUUGCUGCCGCAGGUGGGUGCCGCUGCUGGCCACGCCCUCAACCCGCUGACAGCUAACGCUAGCCACGCUAACCUGUGCCCCCCACUUACCCAUGCCCCACAGCACCUCAUCACCUCGGGCACCACCAAGAACUGCAUUCGACUGCGCGGCCUGCCCUACGAGGCGAUGGUGGAGCACAUUCUGCACUUUCUGGACGACUUUGCCAAGCACAUCAUCUACCAGGGCGUGCACAUGGUCAUCAAUGCGCAGGGCCAGCCCAGUGGCGAGGCCUUUAUCCAAAUGGACUCGGAGGACUCGGCGCGCCUCUGCGCUCAGCGGAAGCACAAUCAGUUCAUGGUCUUUGGCAAGAAGUUCCGGUAUAUCGAGGUCUUCCAGUGCUCUGGCGAUGAUAUGAAUCAUGUGCUGAAUGGCGGCUUGGCCUCGCCGGUGGCGCCACCGCCUCAUCCCAGCCACGCCCAUUUGGCCGCUGCUGCUGCCGCUGCCGCCGCCGCCGCUGCUGCAGGCAAACAACCGUCGCUGCUCUCUCCGGGUACCACCGUACUGGGCGCGCAUUUCGGUGCUCACUUUCCGGCUUAUGGCGCACCUCAGCCGCCGCAUCACUCUCCGCUGCUGGCCACGCCCCGUGCGCACCACGCCCAUGCCCAUGCCCACGCCCAUGCGCAUGCCCAUCACCACCACCAUCAUCAUCAUGCCUCCGCAUUCUAUCCGCCUCCCCUCGUCUACUGGCCGUAUCCCAGUCCACCCGUAUCGCCCACCACGUACUACAGCCAGCCAGGGGCGCAUUCUCCCUCUCAGCAUCAGGCUAUGUAUCCGAUGGAUUUUUUCCCACCCUCGCCGCUCUCACCGCCCAAUGCCGGCAUCAUACUCACGCCCAACAAGAAUGCCGUGCCAUUUGUGCCACUAAAACAACCAUCCAACAACAACAACAACAAUAGCAGCAACAAUAGCAACAAAUUAACAGCCACGCCAACUAUUCAUACCGCCAGUGUAUCGCAGCCGUCGACACCAGUGCCCAUUGUGAAUGGGGGCGAAGUAGCUGCCGCUGUUACGCCUGCUCAGUCCGUGAGGGCGAAUUCGACACCGCCGCCGUUGCUUAGCCCGGACACGAACCACACGGCUAGUGUGCCAACGCCCGCAUUGAAAACCGGCAGCCCAAAUGCUACAGUGAACGCCUCGCCCAUUGUGAGCAAUUCCUGCGUGGAGCUCUAUAUAACGUAGAUACUCUUGCUGCCCUAAACACGCUCUCUCUUUAUUUCUUACACUCUCUCGCUCUCACUCUCACUCUCACUCUCACUCGCACUCGCUAUCGAGAAUGAGAAUUUGUCUUGCCAAUCGAAGAAACUUGUUUGUAGUCUAGUUUAGAACCAGCUGUGGAUAAGUCGCGAACCACUAGCGCAGAGCUAAGCGGCGAAUUGCGGCUUCAUCACUUAACGAAAGGAAUCUCGCCCCAUUCAAAAACCACAAAUCAAAAG